AUGAGGGCCGUCGAUAGAAAACAAUCUGAUGAACACAACUCGGAAAUAAUCGCUCGAAAAAUAAGGGCCCUUCGCAAAUCGCAAAACAAGAGUGAACAUGUCAACAAUUUAUCACCAACUCCGAAAAAGAGACGGAGACGACGAGACAGUUUUCUUGAAGUCAAGGCGAAAAUUCACGACCUGUUGCGGAGCACAGUAUAUCAUCGCGGUCAUCGUUACGAUGUUCGUGCUGCCGAUCGAGAGGCCAUUCAGAUAGAGCAAAGGCUUAUGAGGUCAUGCUGUGAAGGCACUUCUACUGAUACUGCCAUUCGUCGACUGAACCUCAAUAGAACAAAAAUUUCAUCAAAACAAAAGCAAAUAAAAGGAAGAUUUCCUGAAUCAAUUAACUGA